CGACCUAGGCCAUUCUCCGAUCGCCGUCCUCUCCGACAGUCUUUCCUCCACAAUGCUCCGACUCGCCGUGUUAGCCUGUUUCGCCGUGUUGGCAUCCGCAGCAGGUCCGUGCUGUACCCCAAAACAAUGGCACGGGACAGAGUCGAUGGUCAUCGGGUCCAUGGCCAAUGGAAAAGCAGCCCAGGGAUACCUCACUAAGGCAAGCUACAUGGUUAACUUUGACGCUGACAGUCGCAGGGUAGCCCUGAUAGGGACAUCAGAAACUAACGGCUAUGCAUCAAACGUCAAGGUUUUAAUUGACUACAACAGAAAUGUCCAAUACACCGUGAGUAACGGAACAUGCACAAAGCAAAUACCAAAUGCAGAUCCAGGAAGCUGUGUACCAGCCAACGCUACUGUAUCCGGUCAUGGUUUUCUGGGUGUUGGAUCCAGUGCCGUCAAUGUAACGCAGUACUCCUUCAUGAUAGAUCGAUCCACCGCUUACCUGACAGUUACUGACAACUGUAUCCCUGUAGCCGAAACUUACUAUGGUGUCACAAACGGAACCUAUGCCUUUACCACCAUUGCCUUUACCGGUAUUAAGGGUGGUCUUUCGGGCAACACUGUGUUCAAUCUCCCCACUGAGUGCGCCCUCGGUACAGGAACUAUCAAUGGUGGUUUCGCUGUUGGACGCCGUAGUUACUUCGCUUAGACCGAACACAUACCAUCAGAAAUGAUUGACACAACACUUGCACUAGGGUAGGGGGUGGGGAAGGGUGCCCGGGGGUAGGAUAUACCACCGGGCUUCAUCACAGUCACAGUAUUCCAUAACACAAAUAAAACAUUAAAUACCA